AUGCCCACCUCGCUGCCCUGGAUCUUCAUCUGCCCAGCCAGCCGCGGCAUCGGCCACGCCCUGACCCGACGCCUACUCCUCGCCACGGCCACGUCCGCGCUGCCCGUCCUGGCCACCACCCGCCUCGCCGACACUAGCAUCACCAAGGCGUCCAUCCUCGACGGCCUGGACGUGACUACUGGGGGAGCGGAGGCGGCGGACGACAGUCGUCACGAUGGUGGCGGUCGAGAGCAGCAGCAGCAGCAGCUGUCACGGCGGCUGCACGUCGUGCGCUGCGACGUCACCGACGAGUCGUCCGUCCGGGAGGCGGCCCGCGCCGCGGCGAGGCUGUUCCCGCCCGCGACGCACCACCUGCACCUCGCGUGCGCCAUCCCGGGCGUCCUGGCGCGCGCGGAAAAGUCCCCCGCCCAGGUCGACCCCGCGGCCGCGCUCGAGUCGUUCCGCGUCAACGCCGUGGGGCCGAUGCUGCUGGCGAAGCACUUUGGCGAGUUCUUGCCCCGGCGGGCGACUUGUGUGCCCGGGUGGCAGGGGCAGGGGCAUCAGCAGCAGCAACAUCAUGAGCAGGAGCAGGAGCAGGAGCAGGACGAGAAGAAGCAGCUGGAGCAGCUAGGCGGGCUGCCGCGACACGCGACCUGGCUGAGCAUGGCCGCGCGCCUGGGCUCCACGACGGACAACCGCGCGGGAGGGUGGUACUCGUACCGCGCGAGCAAGGCCGCCGUCAUCAGCCUCACGCGCGGCCUGGACCUCCACCUGCAGGGGCGGUGCGGCGGCAAGGCCCUGGCCGUGGCGUACCACCCGGGGACGGUCAAGACGGACUUCAGCCGCGACUUCUGGGGCGGCGUGCCCGAGGGCAAGCUCUUCAGCCCGGAGUUCGCGGCGGAGAGGAUGGUGGACGUGAUACGGGGCCUGACGCCGGAGCAGAGGGGCAAAUGCUGGGACUGGAAGGGCGAGGAGGUGCCCCCUUGA